AUGCGCGCCUGGGUCGGCAUGCGGCGCGGCCCCGUCCGCGGCGCCCUCGAGCUGAUCUCCGACUUCCCCACACCCGCAGUCCCGCCGAAAUCAUCCCCCGACGUGCUGAUCCGCGUAUCGCACGUGUCGCUACAAGUCAACAGCGAGUUGUUCUUGAAAGCGCUGCCUAAGCUGUCUUUGACCGGCCCGUUCAUCCCGGAGCUCGAGCUGUCCGGUGAGGUGGUGGCGGCCGGGGAGAGCGCGCCCGCCGAGGUACGCGACCCGGGAACGCACGUCGUGGCUUUCCAGGCCUUUCCCCUCAAAGUACUCCUGGGCCGUGGCGUGCUGGCCGAGUAUGUGCGGCUCCCCGGUAGUCAAGUCGCGCGCGUUGACCCAACGGUUGACAUGGCGUCGGCUUCGGGCCUUAGCUGCUCCGGGUCCGCCGCGCUCAAGAUGAUCCGCGCGGUGGGUGUGCGAGAGGGUCACACUGUGCUGGUCAACGGGGCCAGUGGCUCGGUCGGUUCUCUGCUCGUGCAGCUCUGUAAGCUGCGCGGUGCGAAGGUGGUGGGCGUGGCCAGCGGUGGCAACGAGGCCAUGGUGCGCGGCAUGGGCGUAGACGAGUUUGUCGACUACCGAAAGCACGAUCCGCUACCAGCUUUCUUAGCUGAUCAGUAUGGCGACAAACCGUUCGAUUUUAUACUCGAUUGCGUCGGCGCCCAGCCCCUCUUUGUACACUCCCCAGAUUAUCUUAAGGCUGAUGGCGCCCUGGUCAAUAUUGGUAUGCUCGAGAACAUGCUUGUGACAACAUUCCACAUCCUUCUCAAUACCCUGUUGCCCGCCUGGUUGGGCGGCGUACCCCGUCGCUAUAUCAUGCUCAGUUCGCCUCCACUGCGCGACGACGUGAUCUACCUAGCCCGCCUGGUUGAAGAGGGACAAUUACGUAUCCCUGUCGACUCUGUCUUCGCCAUGGAGGAUGCACUGCUCGGCUAUGAACGCAUCGCUACCAAACGCUCCAGGGGUAAGGUUGUAAUCAAAGUGCGCGACGACUAG